GCAAUCUUCUGCAGAGAGGGCCACCUGUGCCUGCCAAGCGCGGCCUAUAAACGCUGAGCAGCGCGGCUCUGUGCAGUGCACUGUGUCUGCUGGGUGCUGGUGUGAGAAGAUGGCCGGUGAAAUGUCAGUGUUUGAACGCAGCUUAAAUAGCAUUGUCGAGGCCUUCCACCAAUACUCCAGGCGGGAAGACAACAAUGACACCUUGAACAAGAAGGAAUUCAAACUGCUGAUGCAAAAGGAGCUGCCCAGCUACCUCAAGCAGAAAGUUGAUAGAAAUGAAGAUGGAAAAGAUGUCGUAAAAGACAUCAUGGAAGACCUGGACACAAACCUGGACAAUGAGCUGAGCUUCGAGGAGGCCAUCAUGCUCUUUUCCAGGGUGAUCAAUGCCUCCCACGAGACGAUGCACCAGGGGCACCACCGUGGCCAUGACCACAGCCACGGGCCGGGCCUCGGACAGGGCAGCCAGGCCCGUUAGUCAGGAGGCCAGGCCACCCCACGCCUCCCCAGCCUGGUUCAAGGGAGGUGUGAGCCGCACCACCUGGGCUGUGGGGCUGGGGAUGGGGGGAAAUAAAGCUUUCCUGUA